AUGGCUGAACCCUUGAUCAAAACUCGGGCAAAUCUUUUGUGUCCUCUAUUUGGUAGCGCCAAAGAUAAUCUGCCAGAAGAAAAUCAGCUACCAACUCAUGAAGAUUUGAUGAAAUGUUAUUUAAGCGUGCAAAUCGAGUUAAAAGAUGCUGACGAUCACAUAGACUUGAUAGAUUGGCAGAAAACUAGGAUCACCGAACCGCCAUUAACAUUUAAUAUAACAAAUGAAACUUUAGAUGAUAUUGUGACAGGAAAAGAAGCCCUAAAUUUUGAAAAAUUUCCAUGUCACACACAAGCGGUGGAACGCUGUGUAAAAUUAGUAACUGAAGCUUCUACUAAAGUUUGCGGUGAUCAAUUGCCGAAAGCAUACGAAGAUGUAGUGAUAACACCUGAUAUUCUUGAGGAUACUCCCGAAUCAGAUACGCAAUCUGACAAUGAAAUCAAGCCAAAAGAGGAAGAUGAUUCUACUGAUGAAGAUGAUGAUUAA